ACAUGAAACAACACAAUGAUACGGAAAACUCAGAGUUUCUUCUCCUGGGACUUUCAGAAGACCCAGAACUGCAGCCCCUUAUAUAUAGACUCUUCUUCUCCAUGUACCUUGUGACCAUUUUGGGGAAUCUUGUCAUCAUCCUGGCCACAAUUUCAGACUUCCACCUGCACACAGCCAUGUACUUCUUCCUCUCCAACCUAUCCUUUGUGGACAUCUGCCUAACUUCCACUACCAUCCCAAAGAUGCUGGUGAAUGUUUUUGCAUACCACAACACCAUAACUUAUAAAGGCUGCAUCAUGCAAAUAUAUUUUUUUGCAUUAUUUGUAGGGCUGGAUAACUUCCUCCUGGCUGUGAUGGCUUAUGACCGCUUUGUGGCCAUCUGUCACCCCCUGCGCUACACAAGCAUCAUGACACCUCAGCUCUGUGUGUCACUGGUUCUGGUGUCCUGGAUCACAAGUUCCUUGAAUUCAUCAUUACAAAGCUUCCUGGUGUUGCAGCUUUCCUACUGUGCUAAUGUGGAAAUUCCACAUUUUUUCUGUGAGCUUAGCAUGUUGAUUCACCUUGCCUGCUCUGACACCUUUUUAAAUGAUAUGGUAAUGAAUGUUUUUGCUACAAUCCUGGGUGGUGGUUGUCUUGCAGGCAUCCUUUACUCUUAUGCCAAGAUAGUGUCCUCUAUAAGGGCAAUGUCCUCAGCACAGGGGAAGUACAAAGCCUUUUCCACCUGUGCAUCCCAUCUUUCUGUUGUCACCUUGUUCUAUUGUACUCUCCUGGGAGUGUACCUCAGUUCUGCUGUGACCCAAAACUCACAUUCCACUGCAAUAGCUUCACUGAUGUACACUGUGGUCACCCCCAUGCUGAACCCCUUCAUCUAUAGUCUGAGGAACAAGGACAUCAAGAGAGCUCUGAAGAAGAACUUUGUGAGAGAGAAAUUAGAAAAGUAAUUACUUACUGUCUUGGGUCUUAAGUUUUGAAAUAAGAAUUUCCAGUUUAAGGGCUGAACGUUCUGAGAUCAUAUUCUCUGUCUCAUGAACAUGUAUACCAAUCCCACUCCCAAGGCUGACAGAUAGUUUUGGAAGAAGGAAUGAAGGAGUUUAAGAACCUGAGGCAGUGCAUGACUACAAGGGAACACUAUCUUCCAGGCCCAGCAAGACAUCUGCCCAUAUGAACUCAUGGUAGUUGCAUUAUCAGGCACAAAACCUAGAAAUCCAAGCCAGAACAAACCCAAGCAUAGAGAGGGGAGGUGGCACACAAUCCCACCCCAGCGAUGUAAUUAUUUUUAGUUGCUGGGAGAAGAGACAGCCUGCCCUAAGAAUGUAGACCCUGGUAAGCUGAUAACUCCCUAGUAGAAGGCCACACAUGCAAGAGUAUUUAAGCAGCACAAAUCAGUCUCAAAAUAUUUCAAAAUAAAAGGGCAAAAAUUUGAAUGGUUAUGGAGUGGGGAGGUAGAUCUGUGAAGAGCUGAAGAAGAGGGCUCAUAUGACCAAAACAUGUGAAACUCCCAAAGAAUUCAUUGAGGAGAGACCCCAUUUCUUGAUGAGGGGACAGAAGCAAGUAUUAUGUGUAUGUAUUUGCUGUUGUUUCCAUUCAUUGGACUUCAAAUUCCCUGUGAAGUAGCUAGUUCACCUGUAAGCAUGCUGCUUCUCCUAGUACCUAAUUAGUUUUCCCUUUUACAGCUUUCACACUUUCUCAACGUUGUUUUAAGUC